GGAAGAAAGAAGGAGGAAGGAUCUGAGCGAGUGGAUGUUUUCCCACUAUUUAAAAGAAUGACACAACAUGCCACAAUUACUAAACGUGAAACUUCAACAAACGCUGCCAUGUUAGACCAUCAUUUAUUUGGAUUCUUUUUCUCGAAGUCCAAGUUUAGGCUUCUUGAGUGUCAUCUUUUAGUUAUCGUUGCCAUAAUAAUUGUGUUGUUUUUACCAACAUUGUGUUCAUCGGAUUGUGACAGAGGAUGCCACCACGGAGUUUGCCAAUCAGAUUCAUGUGUUUGUGAUACUGGGUGGGCGGGCACCUUGUGUGAACACUGCGCUGGCCGAACUAGGUUGGAUUCACCAGUAGGCUCAAUAUAUGACUCUAAAGGACAAUAUGAAACCGACACAACGUGUGUAUGGCUGGUAGACAGUGGCAAGCCUGGUACUGAUAUUAGUUUUUAUCUAGAACUCUUUGCCACAGAAUGCAGCUGGGAUUAUUUGUAUAUCUUUGAUGGAGACUCUAUUUAUGCACCACUUGUUGCAGCUUUUAGUGGACCUGUUCGUUAUCCAAACAUCAACAUCAUACAUGAGGUCACAACCACAUCAGGCUAUGCAUACUUGUAUUUCUACAGUGAUGCAGCAUUUAAAUUUGAGGGAUUUAAUGUCACUUACAGAGUGGACUCAUGUCCCAACGGCUGUUCCAACCACGGUGUGUGUAAUCCAACAUAUAAUAAUUGCACUUGUGACCCCCUCUGGACUGGGAAUAGUUGUGACAUAUUAGCAUGUCCUUCUAACUGUAGUGACCACGGAGAAUGUAGCCCUACUGAGAAGGAGUGUGUGUGUGACUCUGGGUAUCAGGGAUGGGAUUGUGGUCAAAUAGACAGUGAUGGUUACUGGCAGAUUCUAGAUAGUCAUACCUAUGGAAGAGCUUCUGCUGCUGUUAUUCAACAAGAUGAAAUACUUUGGAUACUUGAUGGUUAUGACUUUAAUGCCAACCGUAACUUCUCCAUUAUUAGACACAACCUUGAUGAUGGUUCAUCACUAGAACUAGAAACGGAAGGAGAUCUACCAGUGACUCGAUUUGGCCAUUCUGCAGUCUUAUAUCAGGAUGCAUUUUACAUCUAUGGUGGUUCAUUAAGCAGCAAGAGCGUCACAAAUGAACUGGUCAUCUUCAACGUUACAUCAUCAACAUGGUUUCGUCCUAAUACAACAGAUAACGGAGUUCCACCUGUUGGUGUGGAAGGACAUUCAGCACAUGUGUACAAUCAAACAAUGUUAGUUUUAUUUGGCUACAGUCCACAGUAUGGCUACACUAACAUGGUACAGGAAUACAAUUUGGUGAACCAGACUUGGGUAAUAGCUGAAACUACAGGAGUUCAAGUAAUUGGAACCUAUGGUCAUUCUAGUGUAUUAGACCCUCGCAAGAAUGUGAUUUAUGUCCAUGCUGGAUUUAGUGUCGCAAUGAAGUCUUCCUCAGAGUUCAUGACAAAUAGUCUCUACCAGUAUGAUCUUGUGAAGAAAGAAUGGAGAGUUCUACCAUCUAGCAACCAGCCAAGGUUUCUUCAUACAUCAGUCCUUCUUAAUGACAUCUUGUAUGUGUUUGGGGGUAACACUCACACAGACUCAGUAGAGUUUACUGGUGCUAAGUGCUUCUCUAGUGACUUCCUUGCUUAUGAUACAAAGUGUAAAACAUGGAGUGAUAUUUCAGACAACGGAUACCUGUCCCAAAAUAUAGCAAGAUAUGGCCAUGCAGCUGUAGAAUAUAAAGGCCAAAUCUACAUUUAUAGUGGAUUCACUGGUGUUAUGCAAGAAAGUAUCUUAUUGUACACCCCAGCUAAUUGCUCUGUAUUGCUGAAUACCACACUUUGUCUGGAUGGUAAACCAGGACUGAAUUGUGAAUGGGAUUAUGGACGCAAUAUGUGUAUUUCAUAUGGUGAAGUCAACAUGUAUGUCAUAGCACAUAGCAAUUCAUCAGACCAAUGUCCAGCUGAAAGAAAAUCCUUCUGUCUGGUGGAAGAUGUAUGUUAUGACUGCUUACAAUUACCAGGAUGUGGUUGGUGCAACGAUGAAUGUAAACCACUUGAAGAAUGUUCAGAUCAGAAUGACAUCUUUUGCCCCAGUGUGGACUGUACACGAUUUUUCAGUUGUGAGUUGUGCAACCUGCAAGCAUCUUGUCAGUGGUUUUCUAAUGGCAAAUGUGAAUCAGCUCAAGGGGGUGAUUCUACAUGUGAAAUAACAUGUGAUUCUCGAACAUCAUGUAAUCAAUGCUUAGAUGAAGAUGGAUGUAUGUGGUGUACAAAUCAAAAUCGAUGUGUGGAUUCCAAAUCUUAUAUUACAUCAUUCCCUUAUGGACUGUGCUGGGAAUGGCAAACUAGUAAACGGAACUGCCCAGCCUCUAACUGUUCCCUUUUGAAAACCUGUGAUGCAUGUCAUGCUGAUCCACACUGUGGUUGGUGUGAUUCUGGGGAAAGCAAUGGACUUGGUAAAUGUAUAGAGGGCAGUCUUACAGGACCUCUCAAGUUGGAUAAUGAUGGUAAUACCUUUAUAGAUGCAGGGCUAUGUCCUAAUGACAGCUGGUUCUUCUUUGAAUGUCCAUCAUGCCAGUGUAAUGGACACAGUCAGUGUGUGAAUGAAACAAGCUCCAUUUGUGUAAACUGCCAGAACAAUACAACAGGUCCUCAGUGUCAGAAUUGUGCUGAGGGAUUUUUUGGUGAUCCUUUAAAUGGAGGAUCUUGUUCGCCAUGUCAAUGUAAUAAUCAUGCAACAACUAACUGUGACGAUAUCUCAGGAAAGUGUUAUUGUGACACUAAAGGAAUAAUUGGCAUGUACUGUGACAGAUGUGAUGUUUCACAGCGUUACUAUGGCAACCCUCUUAAUGGUGGAACAUGUUACUAUGAUUUGUCAAUGAAUUUUAAAUACACAUUCAAUCUGUCGUCAAAUGAUGAACUGUUUCUUACAAUGAUUAAUCUAAUGACAUCACCUGAAGUCAGUAAUCGAGACAUAGAGUUCACUCUGCAAGUCAACAAAGAGAUUAAUUUGAAUGUAACCUUCAGAACAAACGACAGACCUGGUCAGGAGAUAGCAGUCACGUAUGAAGCAGGUACUUCCUACUUCAGCACAACUUUCUCUAACUCGGACUACAACUUUGAUGAUGAAUCUAACACAACAUUCUUUGUGUACAUCUCCAACUUCACCACACCUUUGGCGUUUGAGGUGUUCUUCGUCGAGUCGGAUGAUUUGGGUCUAUUACUUCAAAUUCUGUUAGCCUUUAUCAUCAUCCUUGUUAUUAUGCUGACUGUGAUGGGUUUAGUGUGGCGAUUCUAUCAGCUUUACACUGACCAAGUUACUACACAGAAUCGAGCUGUUGAGUUAGCUGUGAUGGCCCGAAGACCUUUUGCUCCGAUUAAUCUUGUGAUUGAGAACACUGUCCCACCAGAUAUAGUAGCUGGAACUAACAAAAAACAAACCUUUGCAUUCUCCUUUGAAGUGUGCUCUGACAACAAGGCCCAAGUUGCUACUUUAUUUAUGCAAAUGCCAAUGCCAGAUGGAGAUAAGAUUCCUGUUGGUCAAUCAAGAUUCUCUUUAGCAUCAGCUCUAAUCCAAGUCAAACCAAAGAAAGGUGAAAGACGUAAUAGUAAUCCAAAACACCAGGCAAGAGAAACAGCUAGAGGUAUAGAAACCAAUCUUAAUACAUCUCAGACUGGAGUUCAAUCACAAAGUACACCAGACACUGAAAGGAGACCUGAACUUUAUGUUAUUCAAAACAACUCAUCUGGUUAUGACAAUGCAGCAAUGGUAUAGCAAGGUAUGUGGUAUAGCAUUGGUAGACCUAAAUUACAAAACAAUUACAUAUCUGUGUAUUUCAAUUUAUAUUAUAAUUCUACUAUUUGCCAAAAUAUUAGUAAAGAACAUAGUUCUUUUCAUUUCAUAACCUUUAAUUAAACCGUGUAUUUUUCUCAGAUAUUUGGUACCAGGGAAACCUGAGAAAUUUAAGACACUUAUUAGGGUCUCACUAGCAGCCAGAAUGAUGAGAGUUUUCUUGAUAAAGGGAGUUGGGUUGGCCCAAAGAUUCUGUUAUGAUUUUAAGACACUUAUUAGGGUCUCACAAGCAGCCAGAAUGAUGAGAGUAUUCUUGAUAAAGGGAGUUGGGUUGGCCCAAAGAUUCUGUUAUGAAACUUAAGAAACUUAUUAGGGUCUCACACGCAGCCAGAAUGAUGAGAGUAUUCUUGAUAAAGGGAGUUGGGUUGGCCCAAAGAUUCUGUUAUGAAACUUAAGAAACUUAUUAGGGUCUCACACGCAGCCAGAAUGAUGAGAGUAUUCUUGAUAAAGGGAGUUGGGUUGGCCCAAAGAUUUUGUUAUGAAACUUAAGAAACUUAUUAGGGUCUCACACGCAGCCAGAAUGAUGAGAGUAUUCUUGAUAAAGGGAGUUGAUUCUGUUAUGAAGUGUAUGAGAACAUCACCAUUGGUGUCGUCACUUGUAUAUGUAUAUAUAUUGGAGAUGGGGCUAUCUUAUGUUCUUUAAGUCUACCAAUUGCUUUCAGAUAAAUUGUUUGAAGGGUUGUGUAUUAAUUUAGGUACAUUACAUAUGCAUAUAAUAUGUACAUGUAGUAAAAGAGAUAAGUAUAUAUUUUUCAAUAAGGAUCAUUUGUAGAUUUUUUAAUUGUGUAAUGAUAUGGGUUUUUUGUAGCAAUGCAAAUGUGUAUUCACCAUUGUUUGAAUAAGAAAGUCACACACUUUUGGUUACUGGUCAUCACUGGAUCAUUAUUAUUUACUUUCAAUCUUCUCAAACUUUACUCAAAUUGCCGAUUGUUGUCAAAGUAUGACAGAUCACGCUCAUGUUUAUAAACAAAUAUACAUGAAUUUAAUAUAUAAAAUCUCUUAGUGUUUGGUGAAUAAAAGAAACCAACAAUGGUAGUUAAAGCAUGCUGUUCAUUUUGCUUCACCGGAAUGGAGGGUUUUCCCCAAGCAGCUAAUGGAACAAUUAAAAAGUUUUGUUUCUAAUUCUCUUUUCUGCUGCAAACAAGUGACCUUGUUGUUAUGGGAUGUAAAGGUCAAACUCUCAUGUAGAUAGUAUGAAGUAUUGGUUUAUUUUAUGCUUUGUAAAGCAUUCAUGUAUUAGCCCCAACAGAUGAUGCAGUUUGCCUAUAGUGUGUGAAGCCUAAAUUUGUCCAUUCCCAUUCUCUUAUGUAACUCCAAACCUCAUUGCUUGGACGUGGAUAAGAUUGAAUCCAUUCCCGUUCUCUUAUGCAACUCCAAACCUCAUUGCUUGGACUUGGUUAAGAUUGAAUCCAUUCCCGUUCUCUAAUGUAACUCCAAACCUCAUUGCUUGGACUUGGUUAAGAUUGAAUCCAUUCCCGUUCUCUUAUGCAACUCCAAACCUCAUUGCUUGGACGUGGAUAAGAUUGAAUCCAUUCCCGUUCUCUUAUGUUACUCCAAACCUCAUUGCUUGGACGUGGAUAAGAUUGAAUCCAUUCCCGUUCUCUUAUGUAACUCCAAACCUCUUUGCUUGGACUUGGUUAAGAUUGAAACGCUUUACUCUGUGAUUAAGUAAGUGUUAUAAAAUGGGCCUACCAUUGCAAAUACUUCACUUGGGCAAUUGAAUAUAGGAGGCGUUUGGAGUGUAUGUGUGAAUGUUAGGACUAGUAACAACUACAGCAAACCUUAAUAAGAAACCUUGUAAACUUAACUAAAAUACACCAAACGGAUUCAGUCUAUGUGAUGUAUGUACUUAGCAAUUAUGAUCCAUUAAUCAGUACUAUGAGACAUAUUGAUAUCAUACAAUCUUGUCUUUUAAUGUUAGCAUCAAAUAAUACGCAGUAAUCUGGUGACAUUUAAACUGAACUCAAGAAGAAGAAAACAAACAUUUAAAUUUACACCAACAAUGUUAAGAUGCACUUUGACAUAGUUUAUAGGUGUUCCUCAAUGUGCUGGCAUUUGUGUAACUUAUGGUAAAAAUGCUUAAUAAAUAAGGUUUAAAACUUGAUUAGAUUGAAAUCAUUACCUGCUACAAAAAUACAGGUAGUUUUUAUAAAUUUUAAAGUUAUAUAGAGUGGUUAUGAAAUGAGCUAAAAUUCUAUAGAUGGUAAAUGAAUAUGAAUGUAAAUUUUAUGAAAUUAAUGUUGGUUUCUGGAGAGUGAAUUACACCAAACAGAACCAGUGGAAUACAUUACCAUUCUUCAUAAUAAAAGUUGCAAGGAGAUGUGAAUACUAAUUAAGAACUAUUUAAGUUUAUGGGAAUUUAAUAUAUUAAAUAAGAAGAUUUUUGAAAUGUACAUUAAUGCAAAUAAUCCAAGUCAAUAGUCACAUUGUACAUUUCACUGAAUUAUUUGUUUCUGUAAUUAUCCAUUUUGAUAAGUGACAACUACUUAAUAAUGUUAGGAAUGUUUGAUAUGCCCGCCAAGUUCUAGUUUCAUAGCGACUUAAACAUGGACAUAGCUUCAUAGUUAGAAGGAAAUAAUAUUGACUUCUAGUAUUUCAGUUUGACUGUUUACAUGUUCAAUUUAAGAUCAUAGGUCAGAAUCCAUGUACCGUUGUCCACUGUUAGCAUCUUUAUAAUACUCCUUGAUGAAUCCAUGUUGUGAUGAUAUCUAGGAACAAUGAAGACAUAUUUCAGCUUAUAUACAUCAUAAGGUAAGAUGUUAAUAAAUUGGACAGCACAGUUCAUAAAACUGUUCUUCCGCAGAUGUGAAAUUCCACAAAGCAGUGUGAAAUCAUACGUAAAUACAAGCAUCAAGCAAAAGUGUUUAAUAGUAAAUCUUAAUACACUAGCCAAGGUUAGUAUGCAAUCCUUUUUGAUUUAUUAUUACUUCUUAAAUAAUUAGUGACUCAAAUUGCUUACACAUGGUGGUUACAACUUAAUUUCAAACUACUUGGAAGUUGCUGUGUAUCAAUGGGUUUGCUUAUUAUCUUUCUUUGUUUUAUCCAGCAAAUAAUAUAAAUCCUAUAUGUAUAUCUUUUUGAUUUUUAAUUUGUACGAGGGUCAACGGAUUAUUUUGUAUAAAUUGUGCAAUUUAUAAUGAAAACAACGUAAUAUAAUGAA